UAAAAAAAUAAAAGUUUUCUGUCAGUGCAUACUUAUUGACUUUUUAAAUGUGGCAUCCUUGCAUUCCUAUUUGACAUUUAAUGAUAAUUGUGCAGUGGGUGCUAUUAAAAAUUAUAUUGUUUAAAUAGGUAGUUAAAAUAUUAUAAAAUAUUGUUAGAGUGUUCAUCACAAAUUAUAUGCAAUAUGGCGUUAAAAGGACAAGUUGGGCAAAAAAUUAUGAACGAGGUAAUAAAGCAUAAACCAAAGAAAAAUGGACCCGCUCAUGGAGUGGAAUGGAGAGUUUUGGUUGUGGAUCAACUUGCCAUGAGAAUGGUUUCAGCCUGUUGUAAAAUGCACGAUAUUUCAGCUGAGGGCAUCACAUUGGUUGAAGAUAUAAACAAGAAAAGAGAACCCUUAAACACCAUGGAAGCAAUAUAUCUAAUAACACCAUCUGAAAAAUCUGUUCACUCACUGAUGAACGAUUUUGAAUCGCCAAGACUUAUGUACAAAGGGGCACAUGUAUUUUUUACUGAAGCAUGCCCUGAUAAUUUAUUUCAAAAAUUGUCUCAACAUCCAGUAGUGAAAUAUAUUAAAACUUGUAAAGAAAUCAACAUUGCAUUUAUACCAAAUGAAUCACAGGUGUUUUCUUUGGACUGCCCAGAAACAUUCCAAUGCAGUUAUGAUCCUGCUAUGGAAGCAGCCAGAAAUGCAAACAUGGAGAGAAUGGCAGAACAAAUUGCUACAUUGUGUGCAACUCUGGGAGAAUACCCUUCAGUAAGAUACCGAAGUGAUUGGGAACGCAACGUGGAACUAGCGCAGAUGAUUCAGCAAAAGUUGGAUGCCUAUAAAGCGGAUGAGCCCACAAUGGGAGAGGGGCCUGAAAAAGCGAGAUCGCAACUUUUGAUUCUUGACCGCGGCUUCGACUGCGUAUCACCCAUGCUGCACGAACUUACAUUCCAGGCAAUGGCCUACGAUUUGCUGCCAAUCGAAAACGACGUGUACAAAUAUGAAGCUUCAGCGGGAGUAUUUAAGGAAGUGUUGCUCGACGAAAACGACGAGUUAUGGGUAGAAUUACGACAUCAGCAUAUCGCUGUAGUGUCGCAGAGUGUGACGAAAAACUUGAAGAAAUUUACCGAUUCAAAACGAAUGACCCAAAGUGAUAAACAAUCAAUGAAAGAUCUGUCACAAAUGAUUAAGAAAAUGCCCCAAUAUCAAAAGGAGUUAUCUAAAUAUGCUACACACUUGCAUCUUGCUGAAGACUGCAUGAAAUCUUACCAAGGAUAUGUUGACAAAUUAUGUAAAGUUGAACAAGACCUAGCAAUGGGUACAGAUGCAGAAGGAGAAAAAAUUAAAGACCAUAUGCGUAACAUCGUACCGAUUUUACUUGAUCCAAAAAUAACAAACGAAUAUGACAAAAUGAGAAUAAUUGCUCUAUAUGCAAUGAUUAAAAAUGGCAUAACCGACGAAAAUUUAUCAAAACUUGCUACUCAUGCCCAAAUAAAAGACAAACAAACUAUUGCUAAUUUGCAAUUCUUGGGAGUUAAUGUUAUCAAUGAUGGUGGGAACCGGAAAAAACCGUAUUCGGUGCCAAGAAAAGAGCGUAUUACUGAACAAACGUAUCAAAUGUCUAGAUGGACGCCUGUAAUUAAGGAUAUUAUGGAAGACGCUAUUGAAGAUAAAUUAGAUCAAAAACACUUUCCAUUUUUAGCUGGCCGAGCGCAAACCAGUGCUUACCACGCCCCAACAAGUGCUCGAUAUGGUCAUUGGCAUAAAGACAAGGCCCAGCAGACAGUGAAAAAUGUGCCCAGAAUAAUUGUCUUCAUUGUUGGAGGCAUGAGUUUUUCAGAAAUCAGAUGUGCGUAUGAGGUAACAAACGCCCAAAAAAAUUGGGAGGUCAUUAUUGGAUCCUCCAACAUUUUGACUCCCCAAAGUUUUCUUAAGGAUUUAAACACUCUUACAGUCUAGGAUUCAGGAAAAAAAGUUACUUUUAAUAUACCUGAUAAUUAAAAAUGCUUUCGUCAUGUGAAUUUGAUUGCUUAAGAUAAAUGGUUAGUUUUACUGGAAUUUUUAAUUGUAGUUGACAUUUUGAGAUAUUUGUACCUACUAACGUUAAAAAUGUGCAGACCUAAGCAAGAUAUUACAAUAUAAUCUUGGAUGCUAGUCUAUCUUCCCUUUCUAAAAAUAACUUUUAUUUUUAAUAAUUAUAAUUCUGGAUUGAAAAAUAAAAUGUAUGUAAAGUACUUAAGGGAACUGAUUAUUUUUUUUAUUUUUUAAGUUGAGCAGUCUCACACAAACAAUACAUUACUCGUGCGCCAGCGCACUUCAUAGACUUCUAAAAAAAACAUUGGGUAUAAAAAACUGUUCUCAAUUUACUAACGGAACAUUUAAAUUUAUUUUAAGCCCCUAAGCUUUAAUUAUUAAAAAUUGUAUAAAUGUUGUUAGAAAUAAAGUAAGUUUUCAAAGGCGUUAUAUAAAUGUUUAGCGUGUUAUGGCGUUUAACACCAUAAUUCAAAAAUAUCAAAUAUUUAAAGUUAUUUAUCACGUUUUUAUUGUUAUUUCUUGUUAUAAGUAGUUUUUUAGAUACUUAAACUUGUAUUGUAU